AUGACAUCGGGAGAUCAAGAAAUCUUGAUUUCUCUGGAUCAUGACUCUCAGGGUUUCACCAUUGCAAGAGCUGGAGAUAACGUAGCAAUAGCGUUCCAAGAAACUGAUGCAUAUCAAAUGGCGAUUCCACAUGAACCUCAUUUCUUUAAGCCUCUGCUUCCUGGUUUCCACAGUGGCGUCACAAUACCACUUGCCUUCUUCUCAAAGCACAUAGAAGGGAAGAUGAACCAGAAAACAUGGAAACUAAGAUCAGACGCUUCAGAUCAAACUUGGGAAGUGAUACUAGAAGGCAGGACACUCACCGGAGGUUGGAAAGAUUUCACCACAGCACAUGACCUUCAAAUCGGUGACCUUGUGAUCUUCAAACACGAAGGAGACAUGGUGUUUCAUGUGACUCCUUUUGGUCCUAGCUGUUGUGAGAUUCAGUAUACACAUCCUCACAUCAUCAAGGAAGAAGCCGACUCCGGUGAUGCUGAUGACAAUGAGAUUAGAGGAACAGUGGCAAUGUCUUCUUUCUCAUACGACUUCUGUUUUUUGGCUGAGGUCACUGCUUCAAAUCUAAAAGCAGACAAACUUUAUCUUCCUAAGCGAGCUACUAGUUCUACUGCUUUGAACAAACAAUGCCAAGAGAUGAUACUAGUGAACAAAGAGGGAAACUCAUGGACUGCGAGUUUGCGAUUUAGCAAAUCAGGCGGCAUGUAUUACAUCACAAGGGGCUGGGGAAAGUUCUGUCGUGAUAACAGAUGCGACAUAGGAGACUUAUUUGUCUUCAAUCUGGUUGGAGAUGGGAAAACUACUCCCUUGUUGUGUGUAUGCCCGGAAAGUAAAGAGUGUUCUGAACUACUGAGCAAACACUUGAGCAGAAAGCGUGGUGAUAUUGCUUCAAGCUCACGGGUGAAUUAG